AUGCCUUCUACUAUACAACAAAUUCGUCAAUUUCGGAACGAGUCCAUUCCUAAAGACAGUUUAUUGGGUGAAUUAAUGCCCGAUGCAUGUGUUCUCAAUGUCAGUCAUAUCCCAAGCCAAUGUGGUCUUUUAUCUGACGAUGAACUCAAUAUUACCGAAAAUUACACAGCUACUCAACUCGUGCGUGCCAUAGCACAAGGUCAAUUAACUUCUGAACAAGUGAUUAAAGCGUAUCUCAAGAGAGCUAGUAUUGCUCAUCAGCUCACUAACUGUGCAACAGAAUUUCUGGGUGAAGAAGCAAUUGCUCGUGCCAAAUAUCUCGACGAAGAAUUUCGGCGACGUGGAAAAGUCAUAGGACCUAUUCAUGGCUUACCUAUCUCAGCUAAAGAUUUAGUUGCUAUGAAAGGUCGCCAAACUAGUGCCGGAUGGAUCAAAUGGCUUGAUAGAAUAGCUGAAGAUGAUGCUUUGAUUUUGAAAAUUCUCUACAAUGCAGGUGCUGUGUUCUAUGUUCGUACGAACCAACCCCAAAGUUUGAUGCAUCUCGAAUGUAGUAAUCCAGUUUAUGGCACAACAUUGAAUCCAUACAAUCGAAAUUUAUCUAGCGGAGGUAGUUCCGGCGGAGAAGGUGCCUUAAUAUCUAUGAAAGGUAGUCUACUUGGAAUAGGAACUGAUAUUGGUGGCAGUAUUCGUUCUCCAGCGAAUAGCAAUGGAAUUUACGGCUUCAAACCGACGACCUAUCGAUUGCCACUAAAAGGUGUUAUCGCAGAACAAGCGGGAAGAGAAAGUAUCAUUGCUGCUAUUGGUCCAUUGGCUCGAACAAGAGAAGAUAUGAUCUUAUUUGUUAAAACUAUACUCGAUAGUGAGCCAUGGUUAAGAGAUCCAUCGUUAGUACCAAUACCUUGGCGAUCAAUAACAUUAGAUUCAAGGAAUUUUACCGUUGCUGUUAUGUGGGACGAUAAUGUCGUACAUCCUCAUCCACCUAUAUCACGUGCUCUUCGAGAAACAGUCGAGAAAUUGAGAAAAUCUGGAAUACGUGUCAUCGCUUGGGAACCAGUUGAUCACCAGAAAAGUUGGGAUCUAAUUAGUGCUCUCUAUUAUUGCAAUGGUGCCGAAGAAGAACGCACUGCGAUGAAAGAUGGGAAUGAAACUGCAUUGCCAUUGACCGAAUGGAUCUUAAAUCAACCAGAUGUGACGAAACGAAGUUGGAUGGAAAUGAACGAAUUAGUAUCCAACAGAGAAAACUAUCGUACACAGUAUGCACAGAUCUGGAAUGAACGUGAAACAAGUUUACACUGCUCAAUCGAUUGCCUUCUCACACCUGCGGCGCCAUCGGCUGCAUCUUUGCAUGGAACAUCGAAAUGGUGGGGUUACACGUCAGUUUGGAACCUAUUAGAUUAUCCAGCUGUCAUUUUCCCAGUAACAACCGUCGAUCCAGAGAAAGAUCAAGUAGAACUAGAUUAUCAAGCUAGAAAUACACUCGACGAGGAAAAUUAUCGUCUGUAUUCUUCGCCAACGGUAUAUAUCAAUGCUCCUAUCUGCUUACAACUGGUCAGUCGACGUUAUAGUGACGAAAAACUAAUGAAAUGCCUUGAAAUAGUCGAACAGGCAAUGGGCAGAAAUUAA